GGGAAAGCUUUGAUCUGUGGAAUUUGGAUCACACUCCCUGGAAUUGUCUGGCAGUUUUACAACGUUCUCACUUGCUUCUGGGAUUAUUAUUAUUAUUAUUUUUUUCUGGAAACAGAGUUGUGUGUAGGAGGAAGAAAUCUAAGAAAUCUAGAGGAUUGAAUCGUUGAAGAUGAAGAUUCAGUGUGAUGUGUGCGAGAAGGCGCCGGCGACGGUGAUUUGUUGCGCCGACGAGGCGGCUCUGUGCGCCAAAUGCGACGUUGAAGUACACGCAGCGAAUAAGCUUGCAAGCAAACACCAGAGGCUGCUCCUUCAGAGCCUCUCCAACAAGCUUCCUAAAUGCGACAUUUGCCAAGAUAAGACAGCUUUUAUAUUCUGCGUAGAAGACAGAGCCCUCUUUUGUCAGGAUUGUGAUGAACCAAUUCAUUCAGCCAAUAGCCUCUCUGCAAACCACCAGAGGUUCCUUGCCACUGGAAUCCGAGUGGCUUUGGCCUCCAGUAGUACCAAGGAAGCUGAAACGAGUGGCUUUGAGCCACCCAAUCAAGGUGCACAGAAGAUUUCAACAAAAGUCUCAGCACCACAGGCUUCUGGCAUCUCAUCACCAUGGGGUGUUGAUGACUUGCUGCAAUUAUCAGAUUUUGAAUCUUCUGACAAGAAGGAUUCGCUUGAGUUUGGAGAGCUCGAAUGGAUAGCAGACAUGGGUAUAUUCGGUGAUCAGUUUCCUCAGGAGGCACCGGCAGCAGCUGAAGUUCCGCAGCUCCCAGUACCACAGUCGAGCAAUCUUACCUCCUACAGACCCCCUAAAUCAAGCAGUCCGCACAAGAAGCCUAGGAUUGAAAUCCCAGAUGACGAUGAUGAGUAUUUCACUGUUCCUGACCUCGGCAGAUUUUAGACAUGUAUCAACUUGAUGGAUUAGUUGAUAGGUUGAAUUAUAUACGUUCAUACUAAGUAUACGCGCGUAUGUAUUUAUGUAUUUGUUAUAUAUGUUCAUACUAAGUACGUAUCAGCAUGUGUUUACGUAUGUAUUUAAGAAUUUAUAAUGCAUUUUGUGGGAUUCCUGUCC